AUGGACCAAAAGAUCCCAUAUGAUGACUACCAACUCCCUGUGGUCUUUUUACCUUCUUAUGAGAGUCCCCCAGCAUGGAUAGCCCCUCAGGAGCGGAUCCACCAUCCUGACUACAACAAUGAGUUGACUCAGUUCCUGCCACGCACCAUUGUGUUGAAGAAACCUCCAGGGGCACAGCUAGGCUUCAACAUCCGUGGGGGAAAGGCCUCCCAGCUGGGCAUCUUCAUCUCCAAGGUGGUCCCAGAUUCGGACGCCCAUAGUGCAGGGCUCCAGGAGGGAGAUCAGGUGCUGUCUGUCAAUGAGGUGGACUUCCAGGACAUAGAGCACUCGAGGGCUGUAGAGAUUCUGAAGACUGCCAGGGAGAUUCUGAUGAGGGUGCGCUUCUUUCUCUACAACUACCAGAGACAGAAGGAGAGGACUGUGCACUAG